UUUUCACAGUGAGUCACUUUCCUUUUAAACACUUACACUUGCUUUCAUGGGAGAUGUUUUUUUAUAAUCACCGGCCACAUCAGAAAUGUGGUCGACAAACUGAAUCACAUCAUGAUAUGAGACCAGUGUGUUUAUACCAGACAAAGAAAAGGAAAGACUGAGUUGUACUUUUAACACGCACCAUUUACAAUCUUGAAGUCAACCUUGUUUCUGCUUUCUGGCUUCAUUUUCUCCUCUGAGCUGUAUGUUUCCCCAGACAGCACUCAAUCUGUGUGUGUGUGUGUGUGUGUGUGGUGGAAAAAGACUGAGAGAUGCUCAUUCUUUAUGUUAAUACAGGGAGCAUGAUGCAUAGUUUGCACAAAGAACUCUAUUCAUCUCCAUGAUAAUGACAUUACUAUAUGUGGAAUGGGAUUUUUGCUAUUUAUAAAAGACAAAAUGCACAAAUUCUCAACCUUAGUGCUUUGAGUUUACAUCUAGAGGGGAUGGAAUUCACUGAAAAGCAACAAUAGCCUACUUUUUUUUCUUUUUUCUAAAGCAAAAAAAUCUUGGACUAUCUCCCUCUUGAUGUUUUUUCCCCUCAGCCAGACGCCAUAUGCACGCCUCCACUAGUCUGACUGGACAGACCUCUCUGCUGCCUCUCUGUCAUUAUAGUCUGUUUAUCAUCAGGGUUGGAGAAUCUGAAGUUGAACUACUACUUUAUUUUAAAACUAAUCGUGCAACACACUCGGGGUGAAAUAUGUAGAAAUGGAUUUUAUGAAGCUGUUUGGCACCGUGAUCGCCGUGCUGUUCCACCCUGGAUCCACGUCUAAAAUAAAUGGCCAAAGGAUCUGUCGGCGUGGGACAGAGCGCCCAUGCUACAAGGUGUCCUACAUCCAGGACAGCAGGCGGAGGCUGACCUUUGAGGAUGCCAGGCAGGCCUGUAGGUCGGAUGGAGGUGACUUGCUCAGCAUUGAGACAGAGAGCGAGCAGCGACUGAUGGAGAGGUUCAUACAGCAGCUGCAGGCUGGAGAUGGAGACUUCUGGAUCGGGCUUCGCCGCAACCCUCAGCGCCACAGGGCAGGGACAACAAACCCAGGUUGCCCUUCCCAGUACUUUUGGCUGGAUGGAAGCAAGGCCAAGUACAGGAAUUGGCACUGGGACGAGCCAUCGUGUGGCGUUGAAAUGUGUGCGGUUCUGUAUCACCAGCCCAACGCACCGCCCGACGAGGAAGGUCAUUUCCUGUUCCAGUGGAACGAUGACAACUGCAACUCCAAGAACAACUUUGUCUGCAAAUACCCAGAAGAAAAAGUACCAGAGGAACGGAACACAGCACAUGCAGUUCCAUCUGUGAGGCCAAACGUGUUAACAACUACAGAAAGUGAUGAGAGGAUAAAAAUGAGACUACCUGAGUCAUCAGUAUCUCUCUCAGACGACACCCUGUAUGUUUCCUACAUCCUUUAUGCAACUAUUCCUGCUCUGCUGCUGCUGCUGUUUGCAGCUGCUGGGUUCUUCUGUUACAAACACCAUGCCAAGAGGAGGAAGACAGAAACAGAAAGCUGCCCCGGCAGAUCAAAACCGUGGAUGUCAACAACAGCUUCACCUUAUGCCAUACAAGGACCUUACGCCUUUAGUGACAUCACUAAACUGACUCAUCCCACUCUGGACGGCAGCAUGCCGGGAAGCAUCAUGACAAAGCAUCCCUGUGCUCCUUCCCAGGGCUCCCAGUGUGACGAAUAUGAGAAUGUGACAUGUACGGCCAGGGAGAGCGGCUUUGUGACCAAUGACAUCUACGAGACCUGCAAAGCUCAGAGCCGGCAGACUGGUUGGGUGGAAAAUGAGAUCUAUGGAUAAUACUGUUGAUGCAUAUCUGGUUUCUGCGAGUGUCCUUCAACCUCAUAGCUGUCGAAUAUGACCCGGCUAGACAGAGGAACAUAAUGUUCUCCAUCCCUUUCUUCUUGCACACCCUACUGGUUGCUUGUGUGGUGCAGGAUUACUACACCACCCUUUCUACCUAUGUUCCAAUAAUUUAUCUCUUGUGUGUAUCUCCAGUGUUGCAUCCUGAGCACGUCAGAUAAAUGCUGGAACAACGCCCAUUUUCAAAAUUCAUACAUGUUAUUUCUAUGGUCUUAGACAGUCCAAAUAAUAUUAGUAAACAUGAACAGCUCUCUCCCAAAUCCAAAAACUUGAGCGCUAAAACUCAAAUUUGUGAUGUCAUAGGGAAUAAAGUGUGGAGCUGCUCCAUAGACAAUGA